CCUACGACUCGACUCUGUGUGCAUCUCCAUGUGUUUUGCAAAACAUGGAAUCGUGCUCUUAGUCUUAGCGCUCGCAGCCUGCAGCGUGGCCCAACGGAAACGCACUUUCUACCGCUAUCUUCUGUCAAUGUCAUUUGUCCCCAGGUGAGAGAUAAAGGAUUUGGAAACGACUCCAGUGGUCACCCACGCAGAGAGCACUUCAAUCAGCAUAGAGUCGAUUCGAUCUGGAAAGGGAAACAGCAAAAGAUGGAGCGAAAUAUCCCGCGACUGGUCCUGCUGUCCAUUCUCCUGGCGGCCACAGUGGUGUUCUCAGUGGCAAUCAAUCUCAGUCCGAAAUGGAUUUCGGUGGAUUUGAAAGAUCCGGAAAUCGGUGAUGGCCACGCAGACUUCGGACUAUGGAAAGUGUGCGUACGCGCCAACCAUUCCAGGAGUUGCAGCCGCUAUUCAGAUACAGUCGGCCUUGAUGACCUAUCCAACACUCUGCGGGCAUCUCAGGCAUUCGCAGUGAUCGGCGUGCUAUUGGCAGGGACGGCAGCAAUCGCAUCUGUACUGCUCGAACUGCACAUGCACUGCCUACUCGUGCGGCCGUGCUUGGUCACUCCACGAGUAUUACUGAUCUUCACUGGUUUCUCGCAGGUGUUGUGUGCGGGCGCAUUCACGUUGCACUACCGGGAGAGCUACGCCGACGUAGGCAAGCUCAGCGCUAUGUACGUUCUAUGCUGGUUCACCAUGGUUACGGCCCUGCUGACGGCCGCUAUAGCGCACGUCCAUCACAGUCCGCUGGAUCAAAUGCAGGAUUUCAGCCCAGAACGAUUGGAAAACUUGCCUGUUUGAAAGAUGGCCCUGAUGUUCUGUUCGUGUUCUUGAUGUAGUACUGCCCAUUGAUCAUCUGGUGUGCACAAAAACAAGCAUUUACUUCAUUUUAUCAUACUUUCCAAACUUGAUACGAAACCUAGAGAUGUUCCGAAAUUUCAGGAUUUCUGAUUUUUUUGUUUUGUUUUUAACGCAUUCACCAACGGUUGCGGCAAGCGGCAGUGCAUUCACUUCCAGCACUUGGGUUCUCCCCUGAUUUGAUAUGAAUGAUACCGUUGCUUAUGCUAUGUAAUGAGCCCGUAGUUAUUAUGUCAACCAAUGAGUUACACGUCAGUGUAUAGUAAUGACGUAACCCGAAUUGUGAUCGUCUUGAUUGACGCUUAUCAGUCGGUCUUCGACUUGGUUGUUGUCAUUGUCUUCCGUUCCGAAAUUCAUGUGGUCAAUAGCCUUGUGCCGCUCAAGCAACGCCUCAAUACUCCACUCAAUCUCUUAUAUUAUAAUUAUUAGAAUCGAUGCUAAUCUGCUCGGAUGCAUGCAAAAUUGCUUCUGAAUUAUGAUAUUUCAGCUGUAGACGGUCGUUUUCUUCUUCUAACGCAGAGCAAGCAUCACGGGUCACUUAAUAACUACUCCUUCCGUUCUAUCCUUGAAUACCACAAUUACCACCGUACCAAUUUACAUGUCGACAAUGAAUACUUAUACGUAUUCAGUCCAUCACGUUUCUGAAGUA